AUGCAGUCCGACCUAGUUCUCAACACGUUUCGGUUCAACCCUGGUCGAAUUACCGAAAGCACUCGCAACGUCUGCAAUCACAUCCGUGAGAAUGACGCAGCAACGCAGCAUGUUUUUAUCCAAUCCAGGGAACCCGGGCGCCUGAUCCCUUGCCGCAUCGUACGUCCAGAGGCGGAGGAUGCUGUCGGCGUGUUUUUGCAUUUCCAUGGUGGUGGAAUGAAUGACACCUAUCUCCAGCGACUCGCCAACGCGUCACGCUGCGUGACCUUGUCUGUAGGCUACCGCCUAGCACCGGAACACCCAUUCCCCGAGGGAAUCCAAGACUGCUUUGACGUAGCAGAUGAGCUUGUCAAGAAUGGCACCAAGGAGUUUGGGGGGUCACUCAACUUCAUAGGAGGAGAGUCGGCCGGCGCAUACCUCACGGUGCAGACCUUCUUCCACCUCGCCGGGGUGAAUUCCAAAUUGGAGACGCUGAAAGGACUUGUCCUCUCUUAUGGCGCCUGGUCCUGGUCUUGGCUCCCUUCAGCCUACAUGCCUGACACGGGAGCCAACAAUUUGCCGUCCUUGUGCGACGCAUUUGAGAGUGAAUAUGGGACUCUUGCAAGCAAGGAAACCUGUUUCGACCACGACCUCAAGCGCCCAGCCGUCUCGCCCCUCUACCGGGUCUUGACUCAACUAAGGGGUCGCCUACCCCCGGCUCUGUUUCUCUGCGGUACAGCCGAUCCAUUGAUAGACGAUACCAUUCUGCUUUCCGCGCAUUGGCAGAUGGCUGAAGGCCAGGCCACGGUUCGGUUUAUCCCGGGCGCUCCCCACGCCUUUGGUGCGGAACUCAUUUCGCGGUUUCUGGAGGAGCUUCGCUGA